GCAAGGAACUAUUUAGAACAGUUUUGGGCUGAUCCAUCUUGGAAGAUUGCUGGGAUCAUAAGUGCGGUGAGGACAAAUCAAGAAGUUGAUAUUAGCCGACUUAAAGCCUACAGAGCAAAACGCAUAGCAUUGAGAUCAUUGAUGGUGAUGAAGCAUCUCAGAUGGCCAAGUUGCAUGAUUACAGGUUGGAGCUAUUGAAGACCCAUUCUGGGUCCACCAUCAUUGUAACCCAAAAUGAUGAUGGUGUGUUUGAAGGCCUGUAUGUUUGUCUAGCUCCAUUGAGGGCAGGCUUCUUGGCAGGUUUCAGGCAGCUUAUUUCUUUAGAUGGAUGCUUUUUGAAGGCUAUGUAUGGCGGCCAACUGUUGUGUGUUGUUGGGCUAGAUGCAAAUGAUUGCAUCUAUCCCAUAUGUUGGGCAAUGGUAAAGAAGGAGAACAAGGAGAACUGGAAGUGGUUCCUUCAGGUAUUGGCUCAAGAUUUGUGUAUAAUUGACAACAAACAAUCCAUCUGAAUGUUUUAAAAGCCUCAUCCUAGUAGCUAGAAUAAAAGGAGUGAUCGCCAUGAAUGAGUUGAUAAUUAGGACACAACUGAUGAAAAGAAUUCAGAGAAGAAGGGAUGCCAUGCAAAAAGUACCUACAUUACAUUGCCCUAAAAUACUUAAGAAGCUUGACAAAUUCAAACACCAAAGUUGGUUUUAUACAACAACCUGGUCGGGAGGAGAUAAAUAUCAAGUUGUUGGUCUUGAAGGACAAUUUGUGGUUGACAAAAAACAAUGUAGCUGUAGUUGUAGAAGAUGGCAAUUGAGUGUUGUGCCAUGUAGCCAUGUCAUAUCUAUUAUAUACUAUAAUAAAGAGAAGCCUGAAAAAUACUUAGACAAAUGUUACCUGGUUAGUACCUACAUGGAGACAUAUAGGCACAUCCUAUUCCCUACACAUGAUAGGGAUACAUGGCCUAGGAGUGACCAACCACCUAUCAUCCCACCAGAACCAGUAAAUAAAAGAAGAGGC